CGGAGCAUUUCUCGCACAGGAGACUGUUCAUCUACCGCCGACAUCCUUCAAACUUCCACAACUCGGUGCAAACUCUCGCUCAAAUGGUCCCACCAUAUAAGGGGCACGGACACAGUCACACUACUUCACACCCUUCCGAACCAGCUGACCGCGGCCGAAAACCCCCCCGAUCAUGCCGCCGCCGGGCAAACCCUACACCCGCUCCGCCGCCGCCGCCGCGCCCGAGGCCGACGAGGUCGACCCCGACUACCUCUUCUUCCUCGACCAUGUCCGCUUGGACGGCGACGCCUACGCGCUCUACAUCCCGUCCGAGGACGGCGUCUCCCCUCCCGUGGUGAUCAGGUACGAGCAACCCCUCCCCGGCAGCAAUGUCGGGGACCCCGUCACCGGCUCUGAGUACGGGGGCCAAGGGGCCCCUCGCCCGUCGGAGGGGGACUCCUUGGCCGCGCGCGAUUCCCCGCACGCUGCCCCGUACGCCGCCUCCUCCCCUCGCUCUUCAGGCGGCAAGCGCAAGGCUCCAGAGCCGAGCCCCCGCGUGGAACCGGAGGCCCGGAGCGGCGCGGUUCCCAUGGAAGAGGACCCGGCGGCGCGGGAACCCGCGUGGUACGACUCCCUUCCUGCUGGCGUCGACGAGGACUACCGCCUCUACCUCCGCCACUAUCAUGGGGUGGACGAAGGCACAACCGUGGUGAAGAUGGGGGGUGUAACUAUCCAUGUGGGGGACGACCCGUCCGUAGACAAAAGCGACGCCGAGGAGGAUGAAGAUGAGUCCAUUCUUGCGUCAGGGCACUCGGGGGAGGACACUGUUGGUACGGAAGAGGAGGAGAACAUGGACGGAGAGAAAGAGGCGGGGCUUGCUUCUGAUCUGCAGAUCGUGAACGUCUUUGAUUCAGAGGUGAAGGAGGAGGAGGUGGACGAAGAAGGUGAGGAUUGGGAGGUGGAGGCGCCGGACUCUUCUGUGAAGACGUAUGAGGGUGAGGGGAAGGAGGUCGGGCCUGGAUCAGAGUUGCAGAUUGUCAAUGUUAUUGAAUUUGAGGACGGGGAGAUGCUGAGUGCACCAAUCAAGGGAAUAACAGAGUCGCAGCCAUGUAAGAGGGAAGCAAACUCAAGCAAGGAACAUCCAGCCACACCUGACAAUGCUUCGGAAUUACAAGGUGUUAUAUGGCCCCCACAUAUUAUUGAGAGGCAAAAUUCAGUUUUCAAGAAGAAUUUGAUGGAGAUUCUCAACAAACCAUUUAAACAGGAAGAGUAUGAUAGGUAUGUUGUCCAGGCCACAAGUCGCAGUCCAAUUGAAAAGGAACGAAGGACCCGUCGUAAUGUGGUGUACUAUCCCUGGAAGCAUGAGAUGGGCAAGUCAUACUUUGAUAAUUACCCAGACCUUGCUGAGCAAUUCAGACUCCAAGACAAUAACUAUCCCAAUCGCUUGGCUCUUUUGCGUGGUUUUUUCUUCUGGUUGCAGAAUGUUGGGCGAGAAGACCAAUUCAGGCCAUGGACAGAUGACUUCAAAAGAUACCGAGUUGUUGAAGAGGGUUAGUGAGUUACCCAUACUAGCUGCCACUCCCUCCUGUUUCAGAAAGAAAGUCUUUUCUUGAUUUAGCAUGGCAGCCAGUGUGCAAAUUUGGCUGGUAAUACUCAUGAAGUCAUCGGUAAUAACUAUUGAAAGAAACUAUGAAGACUAUGGGGUUGCAGAACCGGCACCCAAUUUCGGUGCUCUAGAAACAGAAGUGGUGUUUAGAGUUUAGAAGACAGUAGUUAUUUUGCCCAGCCACUCUUUAUGUGGGUAAGAACUGUGCAGAGUGACAAAGUGUUGUAACAGAAAUCGUGUAUGACUUUCAGUGCUGGAACUGCGAAA